UGUAAUGUCAGUGCAGUCCAAUUUACAGGCUGGAGCAGCAGCUGCAUUCUGCAUUUCCCUGAAGUAUUCCAUGACUUCCAUUCCUUGCAAACUUUAUCAUCUUUUGUUGCAGUGAGUCAGAAAUCAAUAUGCAGAGCAAGGGUACAAUCAUAAGCAUCCAAUUUCUCUUGCGGUUUCUUCUGCUCUGGGUGCUCAUUGGGAAGUCACACACGGAAGAAGACAUCAUAAUUACAACCAAGAAUGGAAAAGUCAGAGGGAUGAACUUGCCAGUUCUUGAUGGCAAGGUGACAGCCUUUCUGGGAAUUCCCUAUGCACAGCCACCUCUUGGUAGACUUCGAUUCAAAAAGCCACAAUUCUUGACCAAGUGGUCCGAUAUUUGGAAUGCCACAAAAUAUGCAAAUUCUUGCUAUCAGAAUGCAGAUCAAAGUUUCCCAGGCUUCCCUGGAUCAGAGAUGUGGAACCCAAACACUGAUCUCAGUGAAGACUGUUUAUACCUGAAUGUGUGGAUUCCAACACCUAAACCAAAAAAUGCUACUGUAAUGAUAUGGAUCUAUGGUGGUGGUUUUCAAACCGGAACAUCAUCUUUACCUGUUUAUGAUGGCAAGUUUCUGGCUCGGGUUGAAAGAGUUAUUGUAGUUUCAAUGAACUAUAGGGUGGGUGCCCUAGGAUUCUUAGCUUUACCAGGAAAUCCUGAGGUACCAGGGAACAUGGGCUUAUUUGAUCAACAGUUGGCACUACAGUGGGUCCAAAAAAAUAUAGCAGCCUUUGGUGGAAAUCCUAAAAGCGUAACUCUCUUUGGAGAAAGUGCAGGGGCGGGUUCAGUUAGCCUUCAUUUACUUUCUCCUAGAAGCCAGCCAUUGUUUACCAGAGCCAUUCUGCAAAGUGGAUCCUCUAAUGCCCCUUGGGCAGUAAUGUCUCUGGAUGAAGCCAAGAACAGAACACUGACCUUAGCUAAAUUUAUUGGUUGCUCUAAAGAAAAUGACACAGAGAUAAUCAAAUGCCUUCGAAACAAAGAUCCCCAGGAAAUUCUACUGAAUGAACUAUUGGUUGUCCCCUCUGAUACUCUUUUAUCUGUAAACUUUGGUCCAGUCGUGGAUGGUGAUUUUCUCACUGAUAUGCCAGACACACUACUCCAACUUGGACAGUUCAAAAAAACCCAGAUCUUGGUGGGUGUUAAUAAAGAUGAAGGGACAGCAUUUUUAGUAUAUGGUGCUCCUGGUUUCAGCAAAGAUAAUGACAGUAUCAUAACUAGAAAAGAAUUUCAAGAAGGUUUAAAAAUAUAUUUUCCAGGAGUGAGUGAAUUUGGAAGGGAAGCGAUUCUUUUUUAUUAUGUGGACUUGUUAGAUGAUCAGAGAGCUGAAAAGUACCGUGAGGCCUUGGAUGAUGUUCUUGGAGAUUACAAUAUCAUAUGCCCUGCAUUGGAGUUCACCACAAAAUUCUCAGAAUUGGGAAAUAAUGCCUUUUUCUACUAUUUUGAACACCGAUCUUCCCAACUUCCUUGGCCAGAAUGGAUGGGAGUGAUGCAUGGUUAUGAAAUUGAGUUUGUCUUUGGUUUGCCUCUGGAAAGAAGAGUUAACUACACAAGAGCUGAGGAAAUUUUGAGCAGAUCCAUCAUGAACUACUGGGCAAAUUUUGCAAAAUAUGGAAAUCCAAAUGGAACCCAGAACAACAGCACACGAUGGCCUGCCUUCAGAAGCACCGAUCAAAAAUAUUUAACCUUGAAUGCAGAGUCACCAAAAAUAUACACUAAACUACGUGCUCAACAAUGCCGAUUCUGGACACUAUUUUUUCCCAAAGUCUUGGAAAUGACAGGAAAUAUUGAUGAAGCAGAACGAGAAUGGAGAGCAGGAUUCUAUCGCUGGAACAAUUACAUGAUGGACUGGAAAAAUCAAUUUAAUGAUUAUACCAGCAAGAAAGAAAGCUGUGCAGGUCUCUAAUUAAUAGUUUUACCCUUUAUAGAAUGUUCAUUUUCCUAUAGAUCAAGGUAAAAAUAUCACUAGCUCUCUUACACACCAUGUAAGAAAGCUAUUAUACUGCUGAAACAAAAAUGCCAGAAGGAUAAUAUCGAUUCCUCACAUCUUUCACUUAGUAUUAUACCUAGCAUUUCAAAACCCAAAUGGCUAGAAUAUGUUUAAUUAAAUUUCACAAUAUAAAGUUUGACAAUUAAUUUUAUGCAUAUUAAAAUGAUUUGUAGCUUCAAAUUCUCUUUCCUGAAUAACCUUAAGAAUUUUUUCUCUCAAAAAAUACCUGUAUUCUACUUUUAGUUGCAUAUGUAUGUUUAUGGCCACUCAUAAAAAAAGGUAUCUUUUUAAAAUGAACUAGGUUUUGAGGGGCACCUAAGUGGCUCAGUCAGUUAAGCAUCUGGGUUAGGAGAAUUCUUGCCUGGACCCAGAAAUAUUAGGAUUUUCAAAAGGAAAUUGUUUAAUUCCAGGAAAGAAAUUGUUGUACUUUCUGUAGACAAAUGAUAUUAUUAUUAUAAUUUAAAAAAUUACAAAACUGCAUUUACUAACUGGCAUGGCAACUAAAGACAUCCAUGAAUAAAUUAAUCGAGUAGUUCAGUAAAGAGGAGAAGUCAGAGAUUUUAAGUUCCAGAAAAGGGCACUGCAAGUUGAUUGUGUUAAUUAAGCAUUGAAAACUGACACCCAGGAUAGGACAAAGUGAGUUCGUAGAUCUGUAGACUGUUAGUUAAAGCAUGUCCCAUUGUUCAUUGGCCAUAAGGAUGUUCAUAGUUAGAGACAGUGUGGUUUUGCCAUCCUCACUCAAGGUCAUUCAGAGUUCAGGCUACCUUAUCAUCUUCAGUUGGUUAGAGGGAGUCAUUAUACAAGUCAAGUCAGUUUUGAUAAUCACUUCAGUGCUGCUGUAAAUGGAUAUUUUUGCUUUAUAGUUCUUCCUUCAUCCUGUGAUGGAAGGAAGGAAGGAAAGGAAAGGAAGGAAGGAAAAAAUACCACAAAUAAUAGGUGAAUGAGCAGGCAUUUCAUUCCACACCACCAUCUUUGUUUUGGGUGCCAUUCUUCCAGGAUCCAUUAUGUUUUUCUGAAUCAUUUGAGCCUCCUUUCGAUGUAGAACCCUCUGAGAUAUGAAAUGAGAUGAUGCCUGUUCAACAUCAUUAAAGACCCUUUAAAGAUA